AUGGGCGAAAUUGACGUGAAAAAGUUGAUCAAAUCAAUUAAAAAGCGGCCAGCAUUGUACGAUAAAAAUGACAACAUGUACUACGGUCACCGCGGGUUUAAAGAUAAGUUGUGGAGGGAGGUCGGGGAAGAAGUGCACGCCAACUGGGGAGAGUGGAAGCCGUAUGAACAAAACGAAUAUGUUCGCGAACUGCAGAAGCGCUGGAAGAGCCUCCGGACUUGCUUCACACGAGAACUAUGCUUUCAGAAACAGGAGAAACUAGAAAAAGUGAAGCAGGAUCCCGACGGUUUACCGAUGAGAAAAAGAAAGAAAUACGAAUAUUUUGAUAUGAUGUCUUUUCUAAUCAACCCUGAUGCAGAAGUGGAGAGUGAUGACAACGAUUCUUCGGAUCCCUUAGAAGGUGAUCACAAAAAUGUAGAAAUUGUGUACAGUUUUAGCGACACCUCAAAAACAAGAGAUUCCAAGGAAACAAAUAUAGUAGAGAACAAUGAACCGAGUAAUUUACAACGGUCAUACGUUUAUGAAAGAAACGAGACGGCCGAAGAGAGCAUACUUCAUAUACUAAGAGACAUGAAAAAACAUGAAAGCGACGAAGAUAGACAAUUCAUGUUAUCACUAGUACCAUGUUUUAAAAAAUUAAGUGAUGAACAGAAGUUUGAAGCAAAGAUUGAAAUGUUAAAAGUAUUAAAGAAUAUAACUUUUCAAGACAAACCGUCGACGUCGUAG